AAAAAAAAAAAAAAAGAACCCUCUAGCGAUCCUAAAAGGCAAAACCUGAGCGCGGAGUUACUGGAAGAAGGAACCGGGGUUAAAAAGAUUCCUCCUCUCUUCUUCAUCAUCAUCAACCAUCAUUCAUUCACUACCUUGACAUUCCCUGGCUUUGAUUGACAGCUGGAGUGGCAAAAAGCCAUGAGACACGACAGUUUGGUUACAUGUGGGUUGCUGACGGGCCGAUCGUAACCUUCAGUUUGGGGGCUUGACAAUUUUUUUUUUUUUUUUUUUUGCAUAGAGAAAGAAAAAAGGAAAAAGAGACAGAAAGAGAAAAAGGAAAGAGAAAGAGACAGAAAAAAAGAGAAGAAAUACACAGAAACUCAUCGUGGUUCCUGACUGUUUUUUAUAUAUUAUUGUUGUUGUUGUUGUUGUUAUUAUUAUUUACCCAUAUUGGAGGACAGGAGAAGUCUAUAAGUGGGUUGCAAAAAAAAAAAAAAAAAAAAAAAAAGGAAUCUUCUUCACUCUAAAUCACUUUCUUUGCUGGACUGGGAUAUUAAAUAUACGACACAUCCAGGAGUUUAUUGGAGCGCAGACUGAUGGCGCAAAGGUACGAUGAGCUGCCCCACUACGGCGGGAUGGACGGAGUAGGGGUGCCGGCGUCCAUGUACGGGGACCCCCACGCCCCCCGGCCGAUUCCCCCGGUGCACCACCUCAACCAUGGCCCGCCGCUGCACGCCGGCCAGCACUACGGGGCCCACGCCCCGCACCCCAAUGUCAUGCCGGCCAGCAUGGGCUCCGCUGUCAACGACGCCCUGAAGCGGGACAAGGAUGCGAUCUACGGGCACCCGUUGUUCCCCCUCUUAGCUCUGGUCUUUGAGAAGUGCGAGCUGGCGACCUGCACGCCCCGGGAGCCCGGCGUGGCCGGCGGGGACGUCUGCUCCUCCGACUCCUUCAACGAGGACAUCGCCGUCUUCGCCAAACAGGUCCGCGCUGAAAAACCACUUUUUUCUUCAAACCCAGAGUUGGACAAUUUGAUGAUCCAAGCAAUACAAGUACUAAGGUUUCACCUUUUGGAGUUAGAAAAGGUUCAUGAAUUGUGCGAUAACUUCUGCCAUCGGUACAUUAGUUGUUUGAAAGGAAAAAUGCCAAUAGACCUCGUUAUUGAUGAAAGGGAUGGCAGCUCCAAAUCAGACCACGAAGAACUCUCAGGAUCUUCCACAAAUUUAGCCGACCAUAAUCCUUCAUCUUGGAGAGACCACGAUGAUGCAACCUCAACGCACUCGGCAGGCACACCGGGGCCCUCCAGUGGGGGCCAUGCUUCCCAGAGUGGAGACAACAGCAGCGAGCAAGGGGACGGUUUAGACAACAGUGUAGCCUCACCUGGUACAGGGGAUGAUGAUGACCCAGACAAGGACAAAAAGCGACAGAAGAAAAGAGGCAUUUUCCCCAAAGUAGCAACAAAUAUCAUGAGAGCGUGGCUUUUCCAGCAUCUCACACAUCCAUAUCCUUCAGAGGAGCAGAAGAAACAGUUAGCCCAAGACACAGGACUUACAAUUCUACAAGUAAACAACUGGUUUAUUAAUGCCAGAAGAAGAAUAGUACAGCCUAUGAUUGACCAGUCAAAUCGAGCAGGUUUUCUUCUUGAUCCUUCAGUGAGCCAAGGAGCAGCAUAUAGUCCAGAGGGUCAGCCGAUGGGAAGCUUUGUAUUGGAUGGUCAGCAGCACAUGGGAAUCCGGCCUGCAGGUUUGCAAGGCAUGCCAGGGGACUACGUAUCUCAGGGUGGUCCUAUGGGUAUGAGUAUGGCACAGCCAAGUUACACUCCUCCCCAGAUGACCCCACACCCUUCUCAGUUAAGACAUGGACCCCCAAUCCAUUCAUUUUUGCCAAGUCACCCCCAUCACCCAGCCAUGAUGAUGCACGGAGGACCCCCUACCCACCCUGGAAUGACCAUGUCAGCACAGAGCCCCACAAUGUUAAAUUCUGUAGACCCCAGUGUUGGUGGACAGGUUAUGGACAUUCAUGCCCAAUAGUAUAAGGGAACUCAAGGGAAAAACAAAACAAAACAAAAACUAUUUUAAGACUUUUGAACUUUGACCAGAUGUUGACACUUAAUACGAAAUUCCAGACAGCUGUGAUUAUUUUUUACUUUUUGUCAUUUUUUCAUCAACAACAGAGGACCAACGAAACAAGAACACAAAUGUGAAAUCAUGGGCUCACUGAAAUGAAUAUGUCCAUGUACAGAUCCUCUGGAAAAAAAAAAAAAAAGACUCCAAGAGUUAUAACUACUGUAGUAUAAACAUAGGAACUAAGUUAACUUGUACAUUUCUGUUGAUCACUCCGUUACGUUGCCUCAAAUAGUUUUAGAAGAAAAAAAAAAAUCCUUGUUUUCCACACUAUGUGUGUUGUUCCCAAAAGAAUGACUGUUUUGGUUCAGCAGUGAAGUCACUAUCCAUGAAAGACCUGUUUUGGCCAGUGAGAAAAGAACUACCCUGGAGAUGAAGACGAAAAGUCUUGCUGGGUCUCUCAUCACUCAGAAGACUGUUCCAAGAAGGCCUUGCCAUUCCCUCGUUUUGUUCCUUCAUAAAAUGUGUCCUUUAGUUUCAAACAGAUCUUUAUAGUUUGUGCUUCAUUAAGUCUCUCCCCAUUCCUCCCCAGUUUUGUGGUUUUUUUUUUUUUUUUUUUUUUUUGGACUCUUCUUCAAAGAGCUUGCAGGUGAAGAUGUAAAAGACAGAACAGACAGAGCAGGAGCUUCUUCCAGUAGUUCUGAGCCUUGGCUUUGGACAAAACAUAACUAAAAGUUGGGCAGCUUUCCUCAAUGAAAGAAGUUACUAACGGUCUUUGCACCAAACCUAGAACUUUAUCAUGAACUCAAAGCUUGGGAAAAAAAAGCAAGAGAAUACUGUAACAAACUUCGUACAGAGUUCGGUCUAUUAAUUGUUUCAUGUUAGAUAUUCUAUGUGUUUACCUCAAUUGAAAAAAAAAAAAGAAUGUUUUUGCUAGUAUCAGAUCUGCUGUGGAAUUGGUAUUGUAUGUCCAUGAAUUCUUCCUUUCUCAGCACGUGUUCCUCACUAGAAGAAAAUGCUGUUACCUUUAAGCUUUGUCAAAAUUUACAUUAAAAUACUUGUAUGAGGACUGUGACGUUAUGUUUUAAAAAAAAAAAAAAAGGUGUUAAGUCACAAAAUGCGGUAAUAAAUAUUUCAUUUUUG